AUGGACGGUGGAGGCAUACGUGUUGCUAAUCUUGGUAGUGAUCUACAACAAACCACUAUGUGUCCUACAUCAAUAGUACAAUCUCACCUUCCUACAGACGAUGGUAUCGCAGUUUAUUUUAUACCUAAGAAUCCAAAACAUCAAAAGAUUGUAGAGUCCACUCCGAUAAACAUCCAUUUCUAUUUUGAUUAUCCGAAUUUGUGUUCUAACCUAACUGUGUGGAAGGUUGACAACCUUGCAUCAGCAUUUCCACCCCUUCCGCACACCAUAAGCACAGGUGCACAGUUGAGGAAUCCCAACGAUGUGAGCACUAGGUUCCAAAUUUGGCCUCACGACAGUGACAACUAUAAGCUAGCGUUCUGUCUCGAAAGCACUAAUUAUUGCCAAGACAUUGACCUCAUCCCCGAAAAUGAAUAUAAUCGUUUGGUUCUCUCAGAGAACCCAAAGUUGUUUGUGUUCAAACUGGAUGAUAGAAUUGGAAUGGCAGCAGAAGCAUGA